AUGCCCACUCUCCUGUCCUCGAUGCAGCCGUUCGCGGCAGCAGCAGAGGCCGACUACAGCGAUGAAGGCAUGAUGAAGGCCAUACAUAAACCAACAACGAAACCGACAGGGACGAUCUGGAUGGGCCCCGCGGCAGGAACAGCGCUGUCGUCUACCCACUCUCCCACUCGUUCGUGCCGCGUCACCACCAUGAUCCGGGGGGAGGAAGACACUAGCGAGGUCUUGCUCGUGCGGUGGCUGCCGCUCCGCGGGCGCGACUUGUACGUCCAGGACGAGCCGGUGUCAAAGUCGGCAACGGCGUCCGCCCACGUCACGGUCCCGGGCGUGUUCAAGUGCAAGACGGUCGAGCCCGGGCGCUGGAGCGGCUCGAUGAACCGGUCGGACAAGGAGGACAACGUGGGCGCGGGCGUGGGCGCAGGCGUGGGCGUUGUGUCGAGGAGCUUGUGCAGCUGCGCGCUUUCAGGUGUUGCGUUCGGUGUUGAAUUCGGGGUGCAGAACGACAUAUCACGAGCAGAGGACCUCUCAACGAAGCUAAGGACUCUGACAUACGACCAUGAACGCCUCACGUCCAUGCACCGCUCUGCCAAGGAGCAGGCAGCCAACGCAGAGCGCGAGAUGAACGUCCACAAGUCCCGUCUCGCCACAACGACACGCACCCUACACACCGCCGAAUCCGCACACAAACACACCACCGCCAAGCUCCAGCGCACACGCACCUCCAUACAGGCCCUGCGCGCGAGCCACACCAGCGAGCUCAAGAAGAAAGAGCGCGACGUCGAGCGCAUGACCGAGAAGUGGACCAAGCUCGCCGAGGCCCAGUCCAAGCUCUCGGCCUCGGGCGCCGCCAGCGGCAUGACGAUCCGCGGCACGAACGCGGACGUCGUCACCGGCUCGGAGGUGCUGUGGCAGGGGCGGACGGUGGACGAGGAGGCGCUCGAGCAGGCGGAGCAGGCGCGGGCGCAGUUAUAUGAGGAGAACGGGCGGCUGAGGCGGCUGGUGAUCUCGUCUGCGAAUGAGCUGCAGAGGGUGGUGUGGAAUGCGAGGAGCCUGACUUGUGAUGCUGAGGAAGAGCCUCAGCCUCUUACAUCGGUCGAACUAUUCCCGAUUGCGCCUGUCGGUGCUGCGAACGACAGGUUCGCGGCUAUGUUCACUGCGCUCGAGGAUACCCUUGCCUAUCUCCCCGAACGGCUGGCCAACGGCGAACUGGCAACGCGGUCCAUGAAAUCCAGCAAAUCUGGCGAGGAACAACUGUUGCCCAAGGCCAACUUCGAAGCUGAACGCUUACAAGGCAUCAUUGAUUCAUUGCAAGCCGAGCUAGACGAGACAAGAAAGCUCCACCAGGCACAAGCAGUGGAGACGCAGGAGCUGUACGAGCAGCUCAGCGCGCAACAAGUCCAGCAUGACGGGGACAUCAACGCCGGCGCAGACGAGGCGCGAGAGGAGCUCGCGAGCCUGCGCGUUCAGAUCGAGGAGGAGCGUCGGAAGCUCGCGAAGGAGAAGGCUGCAUUUGAGGCCGACCGCAUCAGACUACGCAACGAAAAACGCUCGUUCCAAGCCGACCAGAUGCUCUCCCCUCCUCCGCAACCCGCACCCGCUCUCGCACCCGCAGCGAGCACAUCGCGUCGCCACGCCCCCGUCCCCAAACCCGCGCUGGCGUCUCCACACGCCAAGAGCCCCCCGCGCAAGUACAAGCCCCCCGCUAUUGCCGUCAGAGUGGCCAAGGCCAAGGCUGAGCCCGGACUGGGCACGCGGGGCAGCAAGAGGACUGUGGGGCGGCGCUUGUCUGCGGCGUUCAACACCCAUGCCAAUGCUAGCAUCAGUAGCAGACACGAACCGGCGUAUGAGACGGAGGUCAUUCCCGAGACCAUCUCUGCAGCCGCUUUCGCGAGCGCGGGCGUGGAGGGAGUAGGCACAGGAGCAGGUGCUGGAGCGGGAGCACUCGGGCUGGGCGCACCAGCAUUCGAGCUGCCCAAGCGCCGCGAGUCGAUUCUCCCGACGAGCUUUGUGCUUCCGCCGCCGUCGCCACGGACGUCGCUGCCGCCCACGGACUCGAUUCCAUUCUCGCUCCUGCCGCCGGAGACGCCGCUUGCUGGGUAUGUGACAUACGAUCAAAAGGUCAGGAUCGCGGUCAGGGCGUGGGGCAGCAGCAGGAGAGCGAGCUGCGUGCAGCUGCACGAGCUCCUCGACACGACGCCCACACCCACGCCCACGUCGACGUCUUCUUCCUUCUUGUCCGACGGGUUCAUCGAGCCGCUCCAGCGCCCGGGCUCGAUUGUCUCGCGCUCGAACACGCCUGGGACCGCGACAUAG